CCGUAGGGUGAAGUGGCCUGCCGCAAACAAUAAGGAGUGGCUUAAGCUGGACGAGGAUGUAGACAAGUGCCUGGAAUCCAUCUCAAGGGGCAGUGUCGACCAGAAGCUCCAGACCAUGUGUACCAUCAUAAUGAACAUGGGAGCAGAGCGGUUUGGUGUCGAGGAAAGAAGAGGAGGUAGGAAUCCAGCGAAGCUCAACCGGCGAGAAGCCAAGAUCAGUCAGCUGAGACAAGAACUAAAAUCCCUGAGACGUCAGUUCAAGAUGGCUAAGGAAGAAGAAAGGGCUGCCUUGUCAGAACUCACAAACAUCAUAAGGAAGAGACUCAUCUCACUGAGGAGAGGGGAACGGCACCGAAGGAAGGGCAAGGAAAGGGCUCAGAAACGUAGUGCUUACAUUGGCAAUCCCUUCAGCUUUAUCAAGAAACUACUGGGCCAGAAGCAAAGUGGCCACCUCGCUUGCCCGGUAGAGGAGAUCGACAACCAUCUCCACGCCACUUUUAGUGACACCUUGAGGGACCAUGACCUUGAACCUUGCAGGGAUUUGGUGGCGCCACCUGAACCAGGGAUCCAAUUCGACAGCACUGAACCCACGCUGAAAGAGGUGGAAGAAGCCGUUAGAGCGGCAAGAUCCAGCUCCGCUCCCGGUCCCAGCGGGGUCCCCUAUAAGGUCUACAAGCAGUGCCCGCAGCUCCUCAGACGUCUCUGGAAGAUCCUGAAGGUGAUCUGGCGGAGAGGGAAAGUAGCUGCACAAUGGAGGUACACUGAGGGAGUCUGGAUUCCUAAGGAGGAGGGCUCUUGCAACAUUGAUCAGUUUUGCAUCAUCUCGCUGCUCAGUGUUGAAAGCAAGAUUUUUUUCAAAAUCGUGUCCCAACGUCUGUCAGACUUCCUCCUGAAGAACACCUACAUUGACACCUCAGUCCAGAAGGGAGGAGUCCCAGGAGUACCUGGAUGUCUGGAGCACACAGGGGUGGUGACACAGCUGAUCCGGGAGGCUAAGGAGAGCAAAGGAGAUCUGGCAACUCUCUGGCUUGACCUGGCCAAUGCCUACGGGUCUAUUCCACACAAGCUCGUUGAAACCGCACUGGUAAGACACCAUGUUCCUGUCAAGAUCCGCAACCUCAUCAUGGACUAUUACUACAACUUCAGCGCACGAGUCUCUUCAGGCCAAGUAACAUCCUCAUGGCAUCAACUUGAAAAGGGGAUAAUCACUGGCUGCACAAUCUCUGUAUCUCUCUUCUCACUGGCCAUGAACAUGAUUGUCAAGUCGGCCGAGGUAGAAUGCAGAUGGCCCAAGUCAAAAUCUUGGACCCGUCAGCCCCCCAUAAGAGCCUUCGUGGACGACUUAACAGUGAUGACAACAUCUGUUCCAGGGUGCAGGUGGCUUCUCCAGGGGCUGGAACGGCUCAUCUCCUGGGCAAGGAUGAGCUUCAAGCCUGCCAAGUCCAGGUCUCUGGUCCUAAGGAAGGGUAAAGUGUCCGACCGUUUCCGCUUUGCCCUGGGAGAGACCAUGAUUCCAUCAGUGACUGAAAAACCAGUCAAGAGCUUGGGGAAGUUCUUUGAUAGCUCCCUGAAGGACUCAGCUGCCAUAAAACAAACCAAGUGCGACCUGACUACCUGGCUCACUGCGAUUGACAGAUGUGGUCUCCCCGGAAAAUUCAAAACCUGGAUCUACCAGCACGGAGUCUUGCCAAGAAUACUCUGGCCCCUAUUAGUCUACGAGGUACCAACAUCAACAGUCGAGGUUCUAGAGAAGUCUAUCAGCCAGUUCCUCAGAAAAUGGCUGGGGCUCCCUCGGUCCUUGAGCAGCAUUGCCCUUUACGGCCAUUCCACCAAGUUGCAUCUUCCUUUGAGUGGACUAUCAGAGGAGUUCAAAGUCACCCGCUCCAGAGAGGUAUUGAUGUACAGGGACUCCAAAGACACAAAAGUCGCAGCAGCAGGAAUCCUCGUGAAGACCGGGAGAAAGUGGCAGGCACAAGAAGCCGUCACUAAAACUGAGGCACGACUAAGGCACAAAACGCUGGUGGGCUCCGUGGCAAUGGGUCGAGCAGGUCUUGGUUGUUUUCCCAAGCCACGUUAUGAUCUGGCUCAUGGAAAAGAGAGGCGCAAACUGAUUCAGGACGAGAUACGAGCAGAGGUGGAGGAAGAACGCUACACCAAAAUGGCCAGCAUGUCCAAACAAGGAGCGUGGACCAGGUGGGAACAUGCAGAUCCACGCAGAAUAACCUGGGCAGAGCUCUGGAAAGCAGAGCCAUUUCGGAUCAAGUUUCUUGUCCAAUCCAUCUAUGACGUCCUCCCAAGCCCAGCUAACCUGCACACCUGGGGCCUGGCAGACACUCCUGAGUGCAAGCUGUGCAAGAAGAGGGGCACACUGGAGCACAUUUUGAGCAGCUGCUCAAGAGCGCUAGGGGAAGGGCGGUACCGCUGGCGCCACGACCAGGUGCUAAAGGCUUUGGCGGACUCCAUCUGCACAGCGAUCCAGCUCAGCAAGACCCAGGCAGCCCCCAAACAAACAAUCACCUUCAUUAGAGCUGGGCAGAAGGAACAAUUCCACCGGCCUAGCUCUACGGUGGGGCUCCUCUCCACUGCUCGUGAUUGGCAGCUUCAGGUUGACCUUGGAAGACAGCUUAAGUUCCCAGGCAACAUCACAGCCACUUCUCUCCGCCCAGACAUGGUGCUAACAUCGGAGUCUACCAAGCAAGUGGUUAUCCUGGAACUAACUGUCCCCUGGGAAGACCGUAUUGAAGAGGCCCACGAGCGUAAGAGGGCUAAGUACGCAGGGCUCAGCUCGGAGCGUCGGAACAAUGGCUGGAAAACUCGCUGCGAGCCAGUCGAGGUCGGGUGCCGAGGCUUCGCUGGCCACUCACUGAUGCAAACCCUCAAACUCCUUGGAGUGAAAGGACUGCAAUUGAAAAAAGCCACCUCAAACAUCUUAGAGGCCGCAGAGAGGGCUUCUCGGUGGCUGUGGAUCCGUAGGGGGGAUCCGUGGAGCAACCUGCCACUUGGACACAAGCCGGGGACUGAUCACCCCCGGUUGGGUCGCCCGGGUGAGGGUGUAUGAAGAUUAAAGACCCGAAACACCCUAUAACCCCGGGUUUUUCACUGAUGACGUGUCCAAGUAGCACCAGAAGGUGUAUUCAAACUCUUAAUAUAAAUAUUUAAAUAAUUUAUCAAAUACAAAAGGAAACCCUAAGAGAAAAUAAUUCAUAAUUUUGUUCUUUACAAUUUCCG